UUUAGGACAAGAAAAAAACAAGCACGAAGAACUGAGAAUUCUGCAGAUUUUUAUCAUUGAGAUGCAAACAUAUGGCUGCGGUUAUGCCAUUAAAGAGUUCGCGAAUUAUACCAGGGUUGUUGGAAUCGGAUAGCAGGAGUAUGGACAUUAAACAAGAAGUGGGAGACCCCGACUCAUGCAUUCACAGUGGUCAUUUUAUGUUGAGUCGAGUACAUGACCCCAAUCUAGAUGAAGAUGAUGAAGAUUCGUCCUCACUAGCGGCUAUCGAUAAACCUCCACCCUACGAUUUUACUGCCUCAAAGAAAGAGCCCACAGAGUCUUAUGAAUUUAAGGAACAGCCUUCACAGACAAUUGAAACCUCACUUUCAAAACUGUUUGACUGUUUAAGUUUAGCUUACAGUGGAAAGUUGGUAUCUCCAAAAUGGAAGGCAUUUCGAGGACUUCACAUGACAAUCAAGGACAAGGUCAGAUUAAACAACAUCAUCUGGAGGGAAUGGUACAUGCAAUAUAUUUAUGGGAAAAGAACUGUGAUCUGCCAGUUUGCAUCACCUAUGUCUGAUGACAUACACACCAAACCAGAGGCUAUUGUGUUGGAAGGAAAAUAUUGGAAAAGAAGAUUGGACACAGUUACACAUGAAUACAAAAGAUGGAGAAAAUUUUUCAAAAGCAAAUUUGCUCGAUCCAAACCUGAUCCAUCUCUCAGUGAGGUGAUGUCCCAUGCAGAACUACUGGAUAGACUGAGAGAUGUGCAUCAGAUACCAUAUAACGUCCAGCACAACUCAGCGACAGAUCUUAUGUUGGAGAGUAUGGAUAUAGAUUUUACUCAGGAUUUCUUCUCCCAGCUCAAUCAGAGUCAGCCAUUUGCCUUCCCUACUGCAAAAGAAUUUACUGGUUUUGGAAUUGCAGACCUUACACAGCCUGGUUUGUUGUCUUUACAACCAACAUUAGAAGACUUUCCCAUGGAUACGUUUGAUCUCCAAGAUAUGAUUCAGUUCUCACAAAGUCAGUCCUUGACAAACAACGUGAUACAGUUUACUGGUAACAGUAGUAAUGAACCCGACAAUCUCAGAUUUCAGGUACCAGUGCAGCAAGACAUUGAAAUGAAGCCAGACUUUCUUCAAGGUCAAACUAAUACUGACGGUCAGAUGAAUAUCAGUGGUUUGAACCUUAUCAAUUUAUUGUUAACUGGAGAUACUUCUCAGCAGUCAUCUCAGAUACAAAUAAACAAUACACAAACACUUUUAAAUCAGUUUCUACAGCAACAAGGGCAGCAAUUGAUACCAGAUCAAAAUCUGCCGGCAAUAGUGAUACCAGACAAUAGUUCGGCUAGGUUAUCUGGUAGUCAAGGUCAAGCCAAGGACACAACGUUAUCAACGUUACAGGCGGCUCUUUCUGGAAAUUUGUCCAAUAAAAAGACGAAAGAUAAUAAAUCCAUGGUAACUGUAACAUCAGCAACAUCAACCCACCCAAACAAGACAGGAGGGACUGGAGCCACAAGUAAAAGACAGACUAAAAAAGACGGAUUUGUAGUACCUCAGGGAAAGCCAGUGACAGUCAGAAGUAAAUCUACAAUGAGAACUAUUGCGCCUGCACCUGUUGUACAGAAGACAUCCUACUCUGCCUUAGAGGAACUUCUUAAAACAGGAACUUAUCCAGGUGCAGUGAUUAGUGUGAAGAAUGAGGGCAAUAAAGCAUCAGCUACCUAUGUUUCAUCAACUCCAGUCAAACCAAUUAAGCCAGCCUUAUCGACUCCAGCUCUGUCAUCAGUCAUUGAUAAAACAACUUUACCAACUGUAAAGACAGACAGCAACUUACUGAAGUCCAGUAUUACAGAUGACAGUGAAAUGUCUAGUAUUUUAUCAUCUAUUGGUAAACCUACUUUUCAUAUUAAUACAUCCCUAAGUGCUGACAUACAUGUACCUCUCAGUCCUGUGUCGUCUGCUGGCAGUCCUAUACAGUCCAUUGACAAUCCAUUGGAUACAUCACUUGGUUCUCCUACAGGCUACAACAAAGACAAAGAGGCAAUACACAGGUCAUCAGAGCAGAAGAGAAGAUUUAAUAUCAAGCAUGGUUUUGAUACCCUUCAUGUUUUAAUCCCAGCAAUAAUGCAAAACAGUAAUGCCAAAAUCAGUAAAGCAGCUAUGUUACAAAAAACUGCUGAGUAUUGUAAAAAGUUAAAACAAGAAAGAGCACAAAUGCACAAUGAAGCAGAAAUCUUGAGGAAUGAGAUAGAAACAUUAAAUAAUGCGAUAGGACAAUGUCAAGCACAACUUCCGGCCACUGGUGUUCCUGUGACUAGGCAGAGGGCUGAUCAGCUCAAGAAAAUGUUUGACGAAUAUGUUAAAACUAGAACCCUUACAAACUGGAAAUUCUGGAUUUUUUCAAAGAUAAUAGCCCACCUGUUUGACACGUUUAAUGCCAUGGUGUCUACCAGUAGUACAGAGGAGCUGUGUAGAACUACACUGAGUUGGUUAGAUCAACACUGUUCCUUGGUCAACCUUCGACCAGAUGUGACUAACGCCUUGACAUCACUGAGUACAACAACCAGUAUUCUAUCUGAUCCCUCCAAACUGCCUGAACAAGCUACUAAAGCUGCACUCAAUCCUAAAUCUGAACCUCGGUGACCAAAGGACAAAAAGGGAAGAUAACCCUUAAAAAUAGUGCUUUCAAGAUGGCUGCUUCAAGCUUUUUGUUGGAUAUGCAGAAACAUAGUCUUGAGAAUUACCUUUGUACUUAAUGAGAGAAGUAAAACAGGGUUGAUUUGUGUAGUGUUUGAUAGUAAAGUGUUAUAUUGGAAUGGAAAUAUAAAAAAAAAAGUCCUGUAUCAGGAAUAAAACGUUGUUAUUUUUAAAGAUUAAUUUGUAAAUGACACAUAAGACAUACAAAGGUUAGUGUUUUCCUAUAAGUAGGACCUACAUGUAUGUAUAUUAUUAUAGGGUUUGAGUGUUGUUAUGAAAUAUUUAUAUGUGUGAAAAUGAAAUCAAAAUGUAGAAAGUAUGAAGUAUUAGUUGGUAAAUCCAUGUACAACCAAACCUGUUAUAAAGGUCACCUUCAUUAAGCCAAAGCCUUUCUUGUCUGUCACCAUCAUCUUUUCAUACUAUAGUUUAUAUACAUAUGCAUUUUGAACCUCAAUUUAAAGAUCACCUGAGGGUGACCUUUAUAUACAGGUUUGAUUGUACCACUUUAGAUUUAAACUUAGUAUGAAAGGCUAAUUCUUUAAAAGCUAGAAUUAAGUAUCCAAGAAAAUCCAUUGUACAAUGAACCCUGUCUAAACUGAACUCAUAUGGAAAGGUUAAAAGCUUAGCUCAUGUAUUUUAAGUCAGAUCAUUUAUCUGAAUCUAAAUCUCUAAAUUUUCUAAAGGCUAAAAGCUUAGCUCAUGUAUUUUAAGUCAGAUAAUUUAUCUGAAUCUAAAUCUCUAAAUUUUCUAGAUUUUAUUUACGUAUGAAAGUAACUAUAUUAAUAGUUGUUUGCCCUUAAUUUGUAUGAAGUGGAAGUUCAUCUCAUUUGUUGCUAUACAUUUGAAGUUUCAUUUAAAGGAAUGCUUGCCAUACAGUAUGGGAAUUGGUGCCAUAAAAUUAGGACCAGUCAAAGUAUCAGUACCUAGUCAAGACAGUCAUAAUCAAUUCAUUGGUCUGUGAUUACAUUUUCGUGUGUUACCAUUGAUUGUGAACUAACCCCUUUUGUAGUACCUUUUAAAUUGUUUGUACAAUGACACCUUCCACCUGUUUUAUGUUGAGUUCUGUUUUGACAGGACUCAUUGUUGUUUAUGAUAGAUAUUGAAUAUAUGAGGGUCUAGAUGGGGGAUCCUUCAUUUCUGUAUUCUUUAUUUUUUUAGGUCAUUUUUCUGUAUUCUUUAUAUUUUUUGCCCAUUAUUAUCUAUUCUUUAUAUUUUAGCACCCAAUUAUUCGCUAUUCUUUAUUUUGUUGACCUGUUUUUCUCUAUUCUUUAUUUUUUUGCCAUUUAUUCUGCAUAUUUUGCCCAUUAUUCUCUAUUCUGUAAACCCCAUCCAGACCCUCAUAUAUGUUUUUUUUUUUAAUUUAGAUGAUAUGAAAUGUAUAUUUUUUAUGAAAUAUUUAUUUUGGAUGGGUUUAAUUUAAUUAUAUAAUUAGAGACUUUGUUAUAAAAAUUGUCACACAUUUGUCUUUGGUGAUUAAUUGAUGGAUGAUAUAUAAUUGUAAGAUUCCAUCUUGUGAUGGAAUAUUGUAAAAAAUAAAAUUUAAAUGAAAAAUUGACCUUUUUUUUUCAGAGUUUUUCCCGAAACAGAUCCUGGUUAGGUCUGAAACUGGGAAACUCUUAGAAAUUUUACUUUUUCGGUGAAAGGUUUUGUAAUUUCCACCAACUUGAUUUACAGGAUUGAUUGUGGUUCCAAGGAAUAGUUAUAACGCAAUACAUUUACGUUUGUACCCUGCAUUGAUAAAAAAAUUACCCAAUCAGAUACAGCUAAAAAAGUGGAUAAUGAUAGUUUCUUUUUAAGAACAUUAAAAGAGGGCUAUCUUGACAUUUUCAUAUGAGAAAUAAAUUUAUAGUAUUAUCCUUUUGUAUGACCCCGGUAAUGGUUUGUUCAGUGAUCGGAUGAAUUAUAGCUUUAAUAUAUAAGUAAAUCACCAAAUCAUAAUUGUAUAUAUAUUUUAUUCAGUAUAGUAGAACUCUUUCUGUCAUCAACUUGAGUGUAUAUUUUUUUCACAUGUAAUGUAUGAAUAGGGCAAAUAUUGUAAAAAGUAGUUUUUAGCAGAUUAGAAAGACAUGCACUUCUAAAAAAUGUUACAUAGCUAAGUUUCACUCAUGGAAUUUAAUUUAUUUAUUCAUUAAAUUUCUACUUUUUAUAGGACCGCUGAAAUUCACUAUGUCCAUUUAUAAACUGAAUUAAUCUGAAUUAUUAGAAAAGUUUCAUAAAUUAAAAAAAAUAUUCAUAAUGAAAGCUAAUCUUCAAAAUUUGAAUGAGACAAGUUGUCUAACAUCAUCACAAUUUAAGUUCUUCAACAAAAAUGUCCUAUUAAUGAUGUUGUCAAGAUGUUUUCUGGAAAUCUCAUCUUUUUUACUGUAAGAUGACUUUACAAUUUUUUUUUAAAUAAAACUUUGAAAUUGUUUUUAGGCAUCAUAAAUUAUUUUUAAAAAUAAGAUAUCAUUCAAUAUUGAAACUUAUCUUUGAUAUUGGAAAAAAAUAGUUGUCUAGCAUUAAAGCAAUAAAGGUUCUUCAUUAAAUAUGCCCUUUUUGUGAGAAUUUGGUUGUUUUUUUCAUUACUAACACUGGUGAUCUCUACAUUUGCAAUAUACUUUAAAAUUAAUUGCUUUUUUGCAAUUGUCCUCAAAAUAGUUUACUUUCAUCUUUAUACGACCGCAAAAAAUUUUGCGGUUGUAUAUUGGUAUCACGUUGUCGUCGGCGUCCUAUGAAGACAUUUGGUUUCAGAACAAUAACUUUAGUUUAAGUGUAUGGAUCUCUAUGAAAUUUAACCAAAAGGUUCAAUACCACAAAAGGAAGGUUGGGAUUGUUUUUGGGGGUGAUGGUCCCAACCGUUUAGGAAUUACAAAACAAGCAUUUUUCUAGUUUCAGGACAAUAACUUGUGUAUAAGUAUUUUGAUUGCUCUGAAAUUGUACCACAAGGUUCAAUACCACAAGUAGAAGGUUGGGAUUCAUUUUGGGGGUAAUUGCCCAAACUGUUCAGGAAUAAGUGGCCAAAAAGGGUCUAAAACAAGCAUUUUUCUAGUUUUCAGACAAUAACUUGUGUUUAAGUGUAUGGAUGUCCCUUAAUUUGUACCACAUUUUACAAAAAGAAAAUUUCUUCAAAAUUAAUUUUUUUGGACGGGAGGGGAGGGGUCACUUUUUUUUUGGGGGGGGGCAAUUUUUUUUCCUCAAAAGAAAAUUCUCUUCAAAUAUUUUUGGAGGGGGGAUAAAAAAAAAUUUUUUUGGGGGGGUCAAUUUUUUUUCCAAAGAAAAAAAUUGGGGGUCACAAUUUAUUUUGCUAAUUCUUUGUAUAUAGUCUGAAAACAGAUUUACUAAGUAUUGCACAACAGCACAGUGUAUUGCACAACAGCAAGAAAUCUUCAAUUGAAUAUAAAUUCAAAUCAUAUAACCAAUUUCAAGUUCUUUGACUACAUUUAUUCUGUGUCAGAAACCUAUAAUGUGUCAAAUAUUUAAAUACAAUCCAAAUUCAGACCUGUAUCAAGCUUGAGUAUUGUGUCCAUUUUUGCCCCAACUGUUCAGGGUUGGACCUCUGAGGUCGUAUCCAGCUGUGCUCGGCGAAGCAGUUUAUUGUAAGUUAUAGCAAUGCAAUUUUGAAAUGAAUAAUACUCCUUUUUUCCAUGAACCUCAAAUUUAGUUAAUGCUUGCCCUAAAUCAUUGAAUAAUUAUGAUUUAUUACAUUUAUACAUAUAAUGAAUUUAAAGUUUCAAUUUUCUGGUAAGUUUUAAAUGAUGAAGUUUAUUGUCUGAAUGUGAUCAUUGUCGGGUGGGAUUCCAUUACAUAAGGAUAAAAAGUUAGAAGUCACAAAAACACUUGAGUAGACAUAAACUACCUUUCCAGUGCUCCAGCACUUUGAUUUAAAUUGUAGCAUCAAAUCUGCUACUUGUAAGCCAUUUGAUAAUAUGAUUAACCAAGAAUCUGCCUUUAUAAUUCUGACUACCGUGGAAGGCAAGUAUAUACAAUUUUUAAUUUGAAACUUUAAAGAUACAGAAUUGUAUUAAAAAAAAUACGUGUUACACCUUUCAAAUUGAACUUCCAAGCAAGGUUACAUUUUCUAUGUUUUGAUAUACAACAUUUUAUAGGUUGCAAAAUUUUAGAAAUCUAAAUACGGUUUAACUACAGAUAAAUUGAUUAGAUUAUAGAAUGGCAAAUUCCAUUUUAAAUUCACUGAGGGUCGUUAAAGGAGGGGUAUUUAUGUGCACAGAAUUACUGGAAAUAAAAUGGCCAUUUCACAAUGAAAAAAAGCUUGUUAAAAAGCUUACACAUUGCUUUAUUUUUUUUUAUCAAUUUGCACAAAACAUAUCAAAUAAUAUUCUUCAAGCCUGUAAACAAGUGAAAUUUGACAUUGCAAACAUGUUGCAUAAAAUAACCCUUUACAACAGACUAGAGCUUGUCACUUUUUUAAUUGGCAUUAUUUCAUGCACAUUUUAUAUAUUAACUACCUCUUUCAAGUUUUAUUGAAAUCCAGCUUAUUAUUUUGGAGUAGAUGCACUUAGAUUUGUAUACAAUUGUUCAUUUAUUCUUAAAUUGUGAAUUACAUAGACACUUUCAGACACAAGUUAAUCCCUCAAGAUAAAUUGAAUUUUAAUAGACCAUGAAAGGGGAGUUGCACCUACACAGGACAGAGUGAUUCCUCUGUAUACCCUAUCAUAAACUUUUAUUAUACUUGUUCAUGUUGAAACUUGGUUUUACUGAAGAUAUUGUCCAAUGCCUCACUCCACCUACUUGCAUUAUGUUUAAAAUCUGUGAAUGCUGUAAAAGUAAUUAGAUCAUAAUAUAUUGUGCAAUAUGUACUUUUUCAGAAUUAGUUGGGUGGGUUUACUAUUAAAUGUCUGUUUUAUUUUGGUUAAUUAAAGCUGUACCCUGAAUCAGUUUUUCAAUGCUUCAAUCCUUUUGUACAGCGGCAGAUUUAUUAGGACAUGAAUCAAAAAUUAAUGUAAAAUGUUAGUUCUAAUCAUGCCAAAAAAAAAGAGGCAAAAAUAAUUUAAAAAUCUACAUCCCUAAAAGCAUGAACAUGUACCUGUAUUUCUCUAAUUCUAAGGUGAUUAGUUCUUUUCCUGACCUUUGAUUUUUUUUAAUCAACAUUUGGUUCUUUUGAUCUCAGUUCUUCAUUGGUCAAAAUUUAAUUAUAAAAAGAAAUUUUCUUGCUUUCCUCUGAAUUACCGGUUGUGACGUCUCUUAAAAAGAACUUAACUUUUUGCGAUCAUUGGAAAAGAAUGAUUAAGUUUGUCUAAAAACCAUUAGAGAAACAGAUUCCACCACCAAAUCCCAUGCAAAACAAUAUUUCUCAACUCUUGACAGAUAAAUUUUAGAUACUUAAAAAUGCUCGACUAGCCUUAUAUUUUAAAUUUUUAAAUUUAACUGUCUGGAAUGAAGAAAUAUGGUAUCACACUUGAUGUAGUGAUAGAAUCAUAUAUAUUUAUAGCAGCUUUUUUUCUUUAUCUUUUCAUUGAUCUUAGACAGGUUCUUUUCAUUUCGCUAUUAAAAGAUCUUUAAAUCACAAUUUAUUUGCUCAAUUUUGUUCAAGUCACUUAGUAGUAUAUACAUCAUGAUAAAGAUUUUUGUGUCAUAUAAAUAGAAUAUGUAUGUGGCAUUCAGUUUACGACCAUCUUCAUGCAUUUUUUUCUGUGUCAGAAUAGUAAGUCAGUUUAGUUUUAAUGUUUAUAGUAUGUUGUUUAAAUUAUUAGCUUGUGUAGUGGCUAAUAAGCAUGUGCUGUUGUUUAUUGUAUAUUAUUGAAGUGACAUUAAUGAUCAUGUGUAAAGAAUGUGUACAUAAGUCACAUGGUGUUAUAAUAUAAUAAAAUAUACUAUAGCCA